GGGAGACCCUUCCGAGCUAGCCAGAGCCAGAAGGGGAAAACCCCGCAUCUCCCCCAUCAUCUCCCCCAUCAUCUCCAUCUUCUCCCCCAUCACCUCUCUCACCAUCUCCCAUCUCCAGGUCUUUUUCCCCCACGAACAUCCCGGGGGGGGGGUGGGUGAUGGGGGGGGCUCAGGAUGUAUUUGGUGUUCCUGAAGGGGCUCCCUUCGGGGGGGUGUAGAUGGAGGUGGGGGGGUCCCGGGGCCAUGUCACCCAUCCCCAACCCACCCGCCAAGGGCCCUGCAGGGGCUCUGGCUCCCAGCACAUCCCCCCAGUGCUGCUGAUGGGUGCAGGUGACUAGCGGGGCCCAAUUACCCCCCCCGCAGCAUGCCCGGGGUGCAGCCCCCCCUCCAUCCUCCGUUGCCAUGCCAACGCGGUGGCCCCAUCCCUGGCUCAGACACUGUCACGCUGGGCCCGGCGCAGGCGGCACCUCCCGGCACGCACAGCUCCCCCCAGUCCUGGCAGCACCGUGGGUCUGGCUGCCGGGUGCUCCUCCCCAGGGGCAGCCGCAGUGGGGCUGGGGCAGAGGUGGGACUUUGGCCCCGGUUGGCAGGGAAGCAGGAGAAGUGGCAGCUCUGAUCCCCAGGGAUAACCCAGCAGGAAGCACGACGCGGGUGCAGCAUGGACGGGGCCGCGGCGCCCGCCCGCCCCGCCGGGCUCUCGGCGUACGUGGCGGUGUCCCAGCUGCUGGGGCUGACGCUGCUGGUCACCACGGGGGCCUGGCUCGGCUGCUACCGCGGCGGCGUGGCCUGGCACAGCCCCCUCCAGUUCAACGUGCACCCGCUCUGCAUGGUGCUGGGGAUGGUCUUCCUGCAAGGUGACGCUCUCCUGGUGUACCGGGUGUUCAGGAACGAGGCCAAGCGAUCCACCAAGGCGCUGCAUGCUCUGCUCCAUGGCCUGGCGCUGCUCAUUGCCCUCGUGGGCAUCAUCGCUGUCUUCGAGUCCCACCGGACCAAGGGCAUCCCCGACAUGUACAGCCUGCACAGCUGGUGUGGGAUGGCCGCCUUCGUGCUCUACCUCCUGCAGUGGCUCCUGGGCUGUGGUUUCUUCCUGCUGCCUGGUGCCUCCUUCUCGCUGCGUGGCCGCUACAAGCCCCAGCACAUCUUCUUCGGCAUCGCCCUCUUUGCCCUCUCCAUCGCUGCCUGCUUGCUGGGCAUCACUGAGAUGCUCCUCUUCAACAUCAGGGACUCCUACAGCCGCUUUGUGCCCGAGGGCGUCCUGGCCAACACCCUGGGGGUGCUGCUGGUGGCCUUCGGGCUGGUGGUGGGCUACGUGUUGACACGGGAUGAGUGGAAGCGCCCGCCGCUGGCCGAGGAACUGGCCCUCUCCAUGGACUUCAAGACCCUGACAGAGGGUGAGAGCCCCGGCGGUGGCAGCCAGUGAUGUCCCCUCGGGACAUGGGCUCCUUGCGGUGUCUGUGGGGUGUCCCUGUGUUCCCUCUUGCUGGUGCCCUGGGGCUCUGCCCAGCUCAGGGUGAUGCUGGGGAAGGACACGCUUGUUGGUGUAACACUGCUGCCCGCUGGAGUCAGCCUCGCUUGGCCUUCAUCUUCCUCAGCCCUGCCCUGCGCAGCCCCUGGUGCCCCUGAGCCUGCCUCCAGCCCCACGGGGCAUAGGCAGAGGCAGGGGCUGGUGGCGGCGCUGGGGCAUGAAGGAUGGGGGUCCCCGGGCUCUGCCCCACUGUGGGGACCAGGAGUGGGAGCUUUGGCUGAAGCCCAAAGAUGGUUCUCAGAGGAGUUCUUUGCCAUCACCGAGAUCUCCCACUCACCCUCCAAUGUGGCCACGCGUUGGGGCUGCUCCCCACAAAGGGCUCCUGGGGGCUUGGAACGACCCCAGGGUCUGUGCAGGUUCAGCAUCUUCGUGUCUGAAACGUUCUCCCCUCUUGUGCGACGUGUUGUCUGCUCGGUGGGUGCUCUCAGCCUAAUAAAUGUUUGCAGCCAACCCUGUC